AUGAAUGAAAUGAAUGUCACUAAUCAACAGUUAUACAAUGCAGACGAAUCGGGACUCUUUUACCGACUUUUACCAGACAAAACAUACGUUGCCGCUUGCGAAAAAACCGCCCCAGGACGAAAAAUUCAGAAACAGCGCAUUACAUUUAUGUUAUGUUCAAACGCCGAUGGAUCAAAUAAAAUCAAACCGCUUGUGAUUGGAAAGGCGGCAAAACCACGCUGUUUUAAUAAUUUCCAAAACCCGCUAAACUAUGAUCAUUCGGCCAAUGCUUGGAUGACAAAAAAAAUAUUCAGCAAUUGGUUCCACAACGAAUUCGUCAAAGAAGUGCGACGUUUUAGUGCCGAAAACAACAUUCCACCGAAAGCAAUUCUCUUAUUGGAUAAUUGUAGCGCACAUUCACCGAUUGAUUCAUUUUGCUCUGACGACGGAAAUAUUGUGGCAAUGUCCCUUCCACCGAAUGUGACAGCCGUCAUCCAGCCAAUGGGCCAAAAUCCAAUAAAAAUAGCAAAACUGAAAUAUCGAAAUAUGCUGUUGUCGAAUAUUGUCGCUCAAGAAGAUGCUUCGGUUCAUGAUAUGCUAAAAAGGCAUUCAAUUCGUGAUGCAAUCUUAAUGUUGAAGUCAGCAUGGAAUGAUUUACCCCAAACCGUAUUGGAGAAGGCAUGGAACCAAAUUUUAAAUUGGGACGAUGACCAAUUUGAUAAAGAAAAUGAUGUGCCAUUGUCAGAGCUGCUUUCAAAUCUUGAUUAUGAGCGUGAAAUUGAAGACACUAGACAAUUACUUUUGAAAUUGGGUGUCGGUACCAGCUUAUCAACCGAUGAAAUUGAGGAAUGGAAUGCUGAUAUGAUCGAUGAAGGUGAUUUGAAUGAUAUCGAUAUUGAAGAAAUGGAAUGUGAUGAAGAUAUUGCGGAUGGUGAAGCUGUUUGCUCGAAUCAACCCAUUCCUUAUUUAGAUGCAAUAAGUGCGGUCAACACUCUAAUCAAAUGGAACGAGCAAAAUGUAGAAUGCACAAAUAAGCAUAUGGCAAACUUGUUCGAACUGCGUUCAGACAUCGUUAAAAAACAAUUAUCGAAACCACAAAAACAAUGUAUUCUUACUGAUUACUUCACUCGUUCAAACACAUGA